GAGAUGAGAAGGUAUAACAUCGAAGUGCUUGGGAUUUGCGAAAGCAGAUGGAAUGGGAGUGGUCUCUCCAAACUGUCAACUGGAGAAUCAAUAAUCUACUCCGAUAUUAUCACCCAGACGACAACCACGAGCACACUGAGUUAUGGAGUGGCUAUCAUGAUGUCCUCAAGAGCAUCGAAGGCUCUCAUGCAGUGGGAACCAAUCUCCUACACGAUCAGGAUCAUGACAGCAAGAUUCAACUCAAAAGGAAGGAAAGUCACAAUCAUACAAUGUUAUGCACCUACAAAUAAUGCAGAGCAAGGGAAAAAGGAGGAAUUCUAUAGACAACUUCAAUCAACACUGGACAAGACGUCAGUUGGCGAUAUCAAAAUUCUAAUGGGCGACAUGAAUGCCAAACUGGGAGGGGACAACACGGGAAGAGAACUAACCAUGGGUCGAGAGGCGCUAGGUGAAAUGAAUGAGAAUGGAGAAUUGUUUGCAGAAUUCUGUGCAUUCAACGAUUUCGUGAUUGGAAGCAGUGUGUUCAGGCACAAGGAUAUCCACAAAGCGACAUGGAUUUCACCAGAUGGACACACUAAAAAUCAAAUCGGCUUUAUCUCAAUCUCGAGAAAGUGGAGACGCAGUCUACUUAACACAUGGUCAAGAAGAGGAGCAGAUGUAGGUUCAGACCACUCACUAUCUAGUGCAAGGAACCUUCCAAAUCAAGUUAAAAGCUUUCAAGGAAGCUGGUGAUAGACCUCAAUUCAAGUACAACACUCGGAAACUGAAGGAUGAAACUACAAAGGAGAUCUUCAAGGCAGCCAUCAAGACAAAAUGGGAGACAUCGAGCAACAUCCCUGAAGAAACCUGUGUGGAAGAACACUGGAAGUCUUUGAAAGCUAUGUGGAAAGAAACCUGCACAACAGUAUUAGGAAGGAAGAAGAAAGAAGACAAGGAAUGGAUCUCGACGGAUACCUGGAAGCUGAUACAAGGGAGAGGAGGAUGGUGAAGCAGAAGAUAAACCAGUGCAAGGAUGCUCAACGACAAGAGGAACUGAGCACAAUGUAUAAAACACUGGAUAAAGAAGUGAAGAAGAGUGCACGCAAAGACAAAAGACACUUCUACGACACACUGGCAAGUGAAGCAGAACAGGCUGCAAGUAAGAGAGACCUGACAAUAUUGUAUCAAAUAACGAGGUUGCUAUCUGGCAAGGAAGAGAUCAACACAGAUGAAACCAAUAAAAGAUGAUGACGGAAAUUUAAUUACAGAAGAAGAGAAACAGAGGAAACGAUGGGCCGACCACUUCAAGAAGCUCUUGAAUCGACCACCACCAGCGCCUGCACUUCGUCCAGGGAUACCAUCUACAGACGCUGAACUACAAGUGAACAUAAAUCCUCCAACGAAAAUGGAAGUCCUGAACGCCAUAAAGCUACUGAAAUGCGGGAAAGCAGCAGGACCAGAUGGAAUACCGCCAGAAGCACUGAAAACAGAUGCAGAGACAACAGCGGACAUGCUCACACACCACUAUUGCAGAAGGUGUGGAAGGAAGAGAAGGUACCUG